AUGGCGGGAGGAGGCGGGAGUUGUUUGUUUAGCGGUUUCCGGCUCUUGGGACUUUACUGUAACCACGUGCCGCACGUGCUUCGUUACCACAGCAAACAUCGGGAGUUCUACCUGGUCACGUCAGUGGGGAAAUGUUUUCACACCUACAAUGUCAGUCGUUUGGGUAUCGUCGCCGUCAGUAAUGGCCUCCCCGAUGACAUCACGUGCUUGGCGGCGGACAGGAUGUUGGUGUUCGCCGCCGCUGGCUCGCUCGUCUACGCCUUGGCCAGGAACAAGGAGGUGGUUAUGUGUUACCGCGGGCACCAACGGGAAGUGCGCUCGCUCCUCCCUUUCGGCGAUCAACUCAUCUCUGCCGACGCUGGCGGCCUUGUCAUCGUGUGGGACGUGCGUAGCGGAGAGGUGUACCUGCAGCUAACUUUUGACCCCACCACCUUCGACGUAUCGGCUAUGAUGCACCCCAGCACGUACCUCAACAAAAUCUUGUUGGCCAGUUCCCAAGGGCCCUUGCAGCUGUGGAACAUCAAGACCAGUAAGCUGUUGUACACUUUUGCGGGAUGGUCAGCAGGUGUCACUGUUCUGGCGCAGAGCCCGGCGGUGGACGUGGUGGGCGUGGGCACGGCGACGGGCCGCAUCGUCAUCCACAACAUCCGACUCGACGAGACGCUCAUGUCCUUCGCGCAGGACUGGGGGCCGAUCACCUCGCUGGCUUUCCGGACAGAUGGGCCGCCCACGCUGGCGGCGGGAAGCCCGCAAGGACACGUGACCCUGUGGGACCUGGAGCGACGGCGGGCGGCGGGCCAGCUCGCCGACGCCCACCGGACGGCGGUCAGCGUCGGCUUCGUGCACGGCCAGCCGCUCCUGGUCACCAACGCUGCCGACAACGCCGUCAAAGUGUGGAUCCUAGACGGGGAAGGAGGCGGAGCCAGGUUGCUGAGAAGCCGCCAGGGGCACGCCGCCCCACCCGCCGUCGUGCGGCACCACGGCGACGACGGCAAAAACAUCCUCAGCGCAGGCCAAGACGGAACACUGCAGUCGUUCUCCACCGUCCACGACAGACUCAACAAGAACCUCGGACACGGCUCCGUCAAUAAAAAGAAAGAGCAGAAGAAAAAGAAGGUGGGCUGGUCCUACGAGGAGCUGCGCCUGCCCGCGAUCACCGCGUUCGCUUCGGCCACGGCCCGCCAGUCAGACUGGGACGGCAUCGUAGCGUGUCACCGCGGCCGCCUUGCUACUAGCACCUGGAACUAUCGCCGCUGCAGCAUGGGGGCGCACCAUCUCAAACCGCCGGGGGUGCGUGCGGACGCCACUGCCACGGUCGUCGACAUCACUUCUUGCGGCAACUUUGCGGUGGUGGGGUCUUCGUGCGGCCGCGUCGACGUUUACAAUCUGCAGUCCGGGCUGCACCGUGGUUGCUAUGGUGACGGUCAGCAAGCUCACAGCGGCCCACUGCGUGGAGUGGCAACCGACGCGCUCAAUCAGCUGACGCUCAGUGCCGCCUCGGACAGGCUCCUCAAGUUCUGGCGCUUCAAGAGCCGCCAACUAGAAGACCAGAUGGAGCUUAUAUCACCACCGGCUUUCAUGAGGCUACACCGAGACAGCGGCAUGCUAGCGUUGGCGCUGGACGACCUGACGCUGCUUGUAGUGGACGUGGAAACCAAGCGAGCCGUGCGCAAGUUUGCUGGUCAUCGUGCCCAAACCAACGACAUGACUUUUAGCCCAGACGGUCGCUGGCUGAUCACCGGCGGCAUGGACUGUACCAUUCGCACGUGGGACAUCCCUUCCGGAAGCCUGGUAGACUGCUUCCUGGUCUGGGCGGCGCCGGUCAGCGUGUCCAUGUCCCCCACUGGAGACUUCCUGGCCACGUCGCACGUGGACAGUCUGGGCGUUUGCUUGUGGACCAACCUUAGCCUGCGUGGGCCCGUGGGUCUUCGUCCGCUCCCGGCCGACCACCAGCCAGAGGAGGAAACGCCGCCGGGAGGCGGGGUGUCAGGGGAGGAACCGGAGGAAGAACCGGUGGAGGAGCCCGAGGCGUACGCCUCGACCGAGCAGUUGGGGGCUGAGCUGGUGACGCUUUCCCAGCUCCCGGAGUCUAGGUGGAAACAUCUGAUGUGCCUUGACGCCAUCAAGAGGAGGAACAAAGCAGCGGCGCCGCCCACGAAAGGCACGGCGGCACCCUUCUUCUUGCCCACUGUGCCGGGCCUGACGCCGCGCUUCUCCGUCCCCGAAGAGGGAACACAGUCUGAGGCGUCCAUCCGACGGCCGCCAUCCCAGAGGUCAAAGUUCGCUCUCGCCCUGGAGGCGUGUCUGGACACUGGGUCGGGCGAGGCGCGUUCGUUCGCCCUUCCCACGGAGCUGUUGAAGAGUCUGGGGCCGUCGGGCGUGUCCCUGGAGUUGGCCGCCCUGUCGCUCCUUGGGGGCGGAUCCCCCGAACUCUUGGUGGCGUUCAUUGCCAUGAUUGACGGAAUGCUGGCUAGCGGGCGAGAUUAUGAUCUGGCUCACGCCUACCUGGCGCUCUUUCUCAAGCUUCAUCUCCGCUCUCUGACAGAGGACACCGUCGCCAUUGAAGCGUUGCUCCGCCUCUCCACGCGGCUGGAGGCCAAGUGGGCGGAGCUCCGGGCCUCCUUCAAUCAAUCGCUCUGUUUAUUGACAUACGCCAAGAGUGCGCUUCUGUGA